AUGCGCUUGGACAACGCUUUGCUCCUCGCUUGUCUUGCAUCCGCUGUAUGUCAACAACAACUCUUUCAUCCGUUCCAGUCUCCACGCCAAGGCCAUCUCCGGGCCCUUGACUUCGGGCAUGACGUUUCGACGAUGGCAAGAUUCAGCAAAACUUUGGAUCAUUCCCACACACUCGGGAGUCACGGCUCGUUGACAGCCCAGCUUCGAUUACAAUGCGAAAACACAAAUAGUGCCGUCUGUUGGUCAUCAUGCCGUUCACAUCCGGUACCAUUCUGUAUCGAAGCAAAUUCUAUUCAACCAAGCCAACUGUAUUAUACAAUUAUCGGCACAAAGUUUACAACCUUUGCGGAAUGCUGUUGGAUGCUGCCAUGCUGGUCUAAAUGGUGA